UUGCCGUGGUUACACUUUGUUUGGAGCCUCUGGGCGCUGUCUUCCAACCACACGGAGAAAUUUAGCCACUGGAUGAUGGAAGAUAACGAUGAUGAUGAUGCAAAGCUCGAAGAAGAAAUAGAAGCUGAAUUGGAUAAAAUCAGCAUUUCUUCCUUGGAAAAAGAUGAUGGUGGUAGUGAUUCAAAAUCAGAAACCCAGAGUGAUGAUAGUGAUACAGAUUUAGGUGAAUUACCUCAGUCAGUUCUUCACUGUAUUAACAUUAUAAAGAAAAAGAGUAAAACUGCUGAAGAGCUCAUUCUUCAAGAUUUAGAAGAUACUGAUGUUUUAAGCUAUAAUUAUGGAGCAGUUUCUAAUAAUCAUAUGCAUUUAAGGAUAGAAUUAUCAACUGAAUCUAAAGAAAAUCCAGACCAAUUAAUGAAGAUAUUAUCUGAAAUAGAAAAGGAAGAAUUUCUGAGAAGUAAAACCCAUCAUGGCAGUCCUGAUUCUGUACCAGAGCCUGGUCCUCAUCACUUGCCAGUGGAUGAACAUGUUUUUCCAGAUGAUGGGGAAAUAAAUUUUGAAUACUGUGAAGUAGAAGAAAAAUUAAGGCAAUCUUUUGAGGCUUGGCAAGACAAACAAAAAGAACUAGAAGACCAAGAGAAAGAAACCAUCAAAGCUCAAAGGGAUAGAGAAGAAAAGCAAUUUCAAGAAGAAGAAGAAAAGAGACAUCACUGGAUGAAACAAUUUGAAGUUGAAAAGAGGAAAUUAGACAGUAUUCGGAAGCAAGAGCAGGACAAGAUGAAUGAUGAGCUCCAUAAAGAAGAGAAAAUGUGGAAAGAGAAAUUUAAACAGCAUGAGGAGUUUAUUAGAAAUUUGCAUUUACAAAUGGAAGAAGAAAGAACAAGAUUUAAAGACCUACAGAAAAAAGAAAAAAUGCGUUUGUUAAAACUGCGGCAUGAUGCAGCUGUAAAAAUUCAAGCUAAAUAUAGAGCGUUUAUGGCCUACCAAAAAUAUGGUCCAAUUAUAAAAGAACAAAUAGACAAUAAGAAAAGGAAAGCACUAGAGUGGAAAGAAAAGGAAGCAAAAAUACGCCAGAUGGAAGAAGAAAAACGAAAAAGAUUAGAAGAGGAACAAAGGAUAGAAGAAGAGAUAAAAAGGUGGAAGCAAGAGGAAAGGAAAAGGAGAGAAAAAGAAUAUGAAGAAAAAAAGAACAUCCUAAGACAAGAAAAAGAGCAACUACUAAAUAAAGAGAAAUUAAGAUUAAAAGAAGAUGGAAGAAAACAGCUAAUAAUAAGUGGAGCGUUAAAAAAGGGAGAACAUAAUGCCAAACAUUUAAAUGUCAAAGAUACAUCAAAGAAUAACGAUGAUAUAACCAAAAAUCUAGGGGAUGAAAAGUCAAAGAAGUUGGAAGAUGUUCCCCUUUGGCUUGUUAAAGAAGUGAAUAAGAGAGAAAAUGUAGAUAGACAGCUUGUAUUAAAUGAAUCAAUACAAGUACAAUUAGAAGAAUCUACAUUGAACCAAGCAGUUUUGGCAGAAUUUAAAAUGGAAGAAAAAAAUGAAAAUCUAGCAAAAAAACAAUGUUCAGAAAAAUUGGGCAAGCAAGAAAGAAAAUAUGAAAAUAUAGACAAAAAAACUGAAUUGGAAAACCCAGAUUCAAAAGAAAACAUGAAAAAAGGGUUUCAGCUGCAAGAAUUAAAGUCUCUAAUACAAAAAGAAGCAUCUUUGCAACCUGUCAUAAAGGAUAAUAUAAAAGAAACCCAAAUAAUGAUAUUAGGACAUAAUCAAAUCCACGAGGUAAAAAGUAAUGAAGCACAGAAAAAAAUCAAAGUUAAUCAACAGAAUAAGAUACAAAAUGUAGAAAAAGAAGAGAUGUCAGAACAAAAUGGAAUAUUAUAUGGAGAGAAUAACAUUUCAGUGAUUUCAAUGAAACAAAAACUACUACCAUUAGUAUUAGAAAAUUCCAAAGAUAUAAGGGAAAAUUUAAUACUGCAAGAAAAAGAAAUUGCUUUAAAAUCUAAAGGAACCGAGGAGAACCCAAAAGGCAAUGAUCUAAACAGUAACGUUAUUUUUAAUGUCAGUGAUUCUGUGAUAAAUGCAGAAGGCAAAAUAAACAAGCAAAAUUAUAUUUUGGGUAGACAUGCUCUUUGCAAAGACUUGGGUGGGUAUAACGCAAGAAGCUCCUUGGUUUUUAAAGAAUUAAACUCUCUAAAGUCUCAGAUUAAAGAAAUUCCAGAAGAAUGUCAUGAAAAUAGAGCUGAAAGUGAAAAUUUUAUGACCAGUUCUGUACCUGAGCCGACACUUCUAUCUUCUAUUGAAGAAAAGAGACUAGCUUGGAUAAAAUCAUUUAAACCCUGGUUUGAAAUUUUCAAGCAAAAUCAACAAAAGAAGAUUGUUAAGAGAAAGAGACUUGUAAAAUGCCCAGCCAACACUAUGGCCCCUUUGAAUACACUAGAAAUUCUUCAGUGUGGCCCUUGGAAUAAUUUACAACAGGUUACAACAGUUACGUUUCAAGAUUUGCCAGGUUGUAGUCUUUCCACACUGGCAGAGUGUACAAAUCUUCAGUUUUUGUCUCUUCGACGCUGUGGAUUAACUUCUUUGAAUAGCCUGAGUAACUGCAAAAAACUGAAAUACAUUGAUGUACAGGAAAAUAAUAUUGAGACUAUCAACUGUGAAAAUUUGGAAAAUCUCUCUAUUGUUCUUCUUAAUAAAAAUCAACUGACUUCUUUUCAUGGUUUGGAUGGCUGCACUAAUAUCCAAAAUCUUGAACUUUCACAUAAUAAAAUCACACGAAUUGGUGGUUUAGAAUAUCUGAAAAAUCUUCAGCAACUUGUUGUGGACCACAAUCAGUUAAUUAGCACAAAAGGUCUUUGUGAUACUCCUACCAUAAUAUAUCUGGAUUGCUCACAUAAUCAUCUUACCGAAGUUGAGGGUAUUGAAAAUUGUGGAUUGCUCCAAAUACUGAAGUUGCAAGGAAAUUAUCUAAGUGAGCUUCCAUCCUUGGAGAAUCACGUUCUACUAAGAGAACUAUACUUGGAUGAUAACAGCAUUUCAACUGUGGAAGCAUUUUCUUCAUAUUGGCUGCCUUUACUACAAAACCUGACUCUCUCUCAAAACAGCUUGACAAAAAUAAUACCGCUUUUUCAUUUUAUUUCUCUGGAAAAACUAGAUGUCAGCAACAAUUGUCUUUCUGAUCUUACAAGUGCCAUAAAGUGGUUUGGUGCAUGCUAUUCUCUGCGUGAAUUGACUCUCACUGGAAAUCCGUUCCUUCAAGAAAUAAACUGGAGGUAUUCUCUGCUUAAAAUGUUACCUGCUCUAAGAAUCCUCAAUGGUGAAAUGCUAAACUCUUAUUCAGAAAGCUACACUGAAGAACACUAUGAACUAGAAUUGGGACGUUUCCUGGUACUUUGUCAGUCUCAAAUUAGAGAAUUCAACUUACUAAUUGAAAACUAUAUUACUGGAAAAGGAAACAUAUUCACCAUGGAUGCUGCAGAAAAUCUCUGCCAUUAUUUUAAGAAAUUGAUGACACUUAGUAAUGAAUACCGAUAUGCACAUGAACACGGGGAUGGAAGUAUCACCAAGAAAGAUGAAUCAGAAGCCCAACAAAAUCAUUUGGCUCCUACAGACAGUGAUAGCAUACUGCAAAAUAGAGCUCUCUCACCUUGUGCAAAUGAAUGUAAACCGGACUCACCAGAUAUUUCUGAGAAAUGGAUGAACUCUGGUUCUAGUCAUUCUCCAUUAACUAACCCCUCCUUAUGUGAGGAUAUGGAAGGAAGAAAUCAGGAAAAAAUAGUUGACAACGAAAGAGAAAACAGCAAGGCAAGCAGCAUCUCCACUGAAAGAAUCCCAUUGUUGGAAACAGUAAUAACAAAUUCUCUACUGAGGAAUCAUCUAAAUAUUAAACAUUGUGAAAAAACUGUGGCAGCGACAGUAAUCCAGGCAUACUGGCGUGGUUACAUUGUACGCAGACAGAUUCAUUUGUCUACAAAGCUACAUACUGCUGCAACAGGACCCCUGAGAUCCUGGCCAAAUUCCUACAUCAAGAAUCAAACUAUUUUAAAGAAAGAAAAUGGAGAAAAUACUGUGAAUAUCCAAGAACAGAGGGAAAAGGCUGCUAUUCUUAUUCAGGCAGUUUGGAAGGGCUUUCUUUUGCGAAAGAAACUGACAACAGCUCUAGAGGCUAUUAAGGAUGAAGAAUCUGAAGAAGAAUAUGAAGAAAUAGAUUUAGAGGAUUUUACAUUUCAUGAGGCUGCCUUAGAAAAAGAAUGGCUAGCUUUAGAUUCCGCCCGCUUCCCUUCACAAACACUGCUUCUCCCAAACCAGCUGCACUGGCCAAAGUUCUCUGCAACUUUAAACUAUGAUGAUACUUCACUUAAUUUACCAAGUCAGCCAGCUCAAGCAUGGAUGUGUAAUGAGAAAGAAAAUAUGUUUUCAUCGGAAUACAUGCAGUUUAAUGGCAGAUCAGAAAAUAGAACUUUAUCCCGGACACCUGAAUCAAAGACCAGCAGAAAGAAUUUGCUAAAAUCUGAAAAAGAGGAAAAAAUCUCAGAAGAAUGGGGCUUUAAGGAUAUUUCUACUGCUCAGCAAAUGCUGAAGAGAGCACAGAAUAUGAAAUCAAAGAAACUAAGGAAAAAAUUAGAUCCCACUGUGCGCCUAGCAUUAUUCAAAAGCAAUGAAAAUAAAGUUUCUGUUACAAAAUUACCAAAGAAGACAAAACCCAGAAGAAAUAGUUACUUUGAAGGUAAAGAAAAAGAAUUUACCUACAAAGACACCAUGGCACAUGAAAAAUUAGAAAGGAGUAAAGAAUAUACAUACCAAUGGCUUCACACACAGAUUGGAGUUCAUGAAACAACAAGUUCCAGAAAUAUGAAAUGCAACCAUUUCUUGCCUGAGUUAGAUCCAGAUGUACGUAAUGGUGGAAGAGUUCAGCUUGUGGCACGACUUGUAAGCAGAGAAGACACGGAUUUAGACCUUUUUUCCAUGACCAGUGGAAGUGCUUUGUCUGUGAAGAGAGAAAAAAAAAAUCAGGCACACAGACACUCAGCGGGAUCUUCAAGUAAGUUGUGGUUUCCUUCAGAAUUAAUUUAG